GAUAAUCCCGGAAGUACCGUGUAAUGUCCUGCUUUCUGCUCUACCUCUAGUGUUUGUUUGAAAGGAACAGCGAUGUCCAGUGCUGCUGCGUUAUUACCCCUUUAUAACUGUUCAUAGCUCUUCAUAACCUUAACACCAACUGAUACACAAAUGGCGGCCGGGAGUGUGAGUGUGGUGUUUAAGCUGUACUGUCUGGUGGUGAUGACGCUGGUUGCCGCGGUGUACACGGUGGCGUUGCGUUACACUCGCACAGUGCAGAAGGAGCUUUACUUCUCCACCACCGCCGUCUGUCUCGCUGAGAUCAUCAAACUGUUCCUGAGCUUAGGAAUGCUCACCCGUGAGACAGGUGGGUUGAAUAGGUGUAAGGGUGUGGUUGUAGAACAGGUCUUUAAUCCUGUAGAUCUGUUGAAGCUCAGCGUGCCGUCUGUAGUUUAUGCCGUACAGAACAACAUGGCCUUCCUCGCUCUCAGUAACCUGGAUGCAGCUGUCUAUCAGGUAACGUAUCAGCUGAAGAUCCCGUGUACGGCUCUGUGCACCGUGCUGAUGCUGAACCGUUCUCUCAGCCGCAUUCAGUGGUUCUCCGUCUUCAUGCUGUGUCUGGGGGUCAUCCUGGUCCAGUGGAAACCUGCUGAGCUCACUAAGGUCCAGGUGGAGCAGAACCCUGUUGUGGGCUUUGGGGCCAUCGCCAUCGCGGUCCUCUGUUCUGGAUUUGCAGGCGUGUACUUUGAGAAGGUGUUGAAGAGCUCGGAGACGUCUCUGUGGGUGAGGAACAUUCAGAUGUACCUGUCGGGGAUCUGCAUCACGCUGCUGGGUGUGUUCAUGAACAACGGAGCGCAGGUGAUGGAGAAAGGCUUCUUCUUCGGCUACACACCGUGGGUCUGCUUCGUCGUCUUUUUAGCCAGUGUCGGUGGUCUCUACACGUCUGUGGUGGUGAAAUACACAGAUAACAUUAUGAAGGGCUUCUCUGCGGCGGCGGCCAUCGUCCUCUCCACCAUCGCCUCCGUCACGCUGUUCGGCCUGCAGAUCACUGUGACGUUCUCCACCGGCGCGCUGCUCGUCUGCGUCUCCAUUUACAUGUACGGUUUACCCAAACAGGACACCAGCACGCUAACCAAAGCUAGCGAAGAUGAUAAGGCUAGCAGAGAGAAGCUAGUCACCGUGUGAGGACGAAGCCGAGACGAGGAGACGCUCCACACGUCUGUGUCUGUAAAACACUAGUUCAUUCUGUCAUGUCUCCAUUUCAUGGUGGAGCCGGAGACUAGCCUGGACAGAAAAAAGGGGGUGGGGCCAACAGGAAACUGGAUGAAUCCAGAAACUUUUGAAAAUGUGUUAAUUAUUUCUUUAAUGGGAUUCAAUGUGCCAAUCAACUUGCCUUUCCUUUCCUGUCACUUUUUUUUACUUUCAGCCCCUGUUCCCUACACGCUGGGAAGUGCACUAGGGCUGUUCCCUAUCCCCUAGACUAGUGUUGGACACUACCCUGCAGUGCAUUGUGGGAUAUCAGAGAUGGGCUGGAUUUUCUGCACUCUGUUUUCAAAUGUGAUUUUAUAAGAAAGUUUGAUGUAGGAAGCAGCCACGGCCGUAUAAGGCGAACCUAAUUUACAUAUUACCUUAUAAGGAUUAUCUCAUUUACAUAUUUAGUGUUUUGAAUGCUAUUCACGCCUCUAUUACUUAUUACACACACACACAGAAGUGUUGAUUAAGGUUUUAUCAGGUGGUAUAUGACUGUAUGUGUGUGGUUAUCCUGGGAUUCUGGCAGUAAGUUCAGUAAUGAUAGGUGUGAAAUAAAUCACUCGCACUUCUC